UUGAAUUAAUUUAUAAUUUUAAAUUCAAUUUUAUCUCCGCUAGUAUUGCGUUAUAAGCUACGGACAUACUGUAAACAAAUCAAAGAUGGACACUGAAAGCUAUUGAUGUUUUGAAAUGAGAUUUUCCUGAUAAAAAGUGGAAUCCACAAGAGCUGUGGUAAAAUAACUAAACGAUGUUUUAAAGCUUAUGAGAUCUAACAUCAAAAUGAGCAGUAUUAUUAUUGAAUCGCAAUAUCCUUAUUCAUAUGUAGAUGACGAUGGCAUUGAAAUUGCUUUUCGGGAAGGUGAUCGUUUUAUUCUUAUUGAUAGAUCUAGUGAAGAUUGGUGGAAAGUACAACGUACUGGGCUUUUUACAGGAAAAAGUGUCUGUUAUAUUCCAGCAGCUUAUAUGAAAGAACUAAAUAUUACACAAAAUGAAAAUAAAACAAUUAGUCCAUAUGCAAAUUUAAAAAAUAAUAUAGAAAUACUUAAUAAAGAAAAGACUUUAAAUGAGAACCUUGAAAAACAAAAAGAAGAAUAUGUUAAUCUAAAAGAAUAUCAAAAAAAUAUAAUCAAUAAAAGUAAUGCAAAAUCUUUAUCAAGUGAAAUAUUCAAGAGUUUACCAUAUCUUGAUGAACAACUUGAUGAAUCAAUUGAUGACGAAGAGAAUGCUUUUGAAGAAGAAAGUCAGGAAGAAUUGCAAAAUCUUUCAGAUGUAAAGCUGAGCAGCUCAAGUGAUGUUUCUCUUCCACGAUCCUGUUCUACUGGUUCACUUUCAUUUGAAAUUUCUCCACGUCCAGAAUCACUAAAAACAUUUACACUACCUCAAAAUUGGAAAAAAUGCCAAGAUGAUGCUGGUCGUUCAUUUUAUUAUAACAAGGAAAAAAAUGAAAAAACUUGGAAACCUCCCCGAAGCAAUCAGUCUAGCACUGAGCAAAUUCAAAUACAAGAAGGUUGGAUCCAACAAAAUGAUCCUGAUACAGGAGAACUUGUUUAUAUAAACCAAGUAACAAAAGAAAAGUGGAAAUCGGGUAUUGACAAAGAUAACAGGACAUACUACUAUUGUAUCAAUGGAAGUGGAACAUUUUGGGAGUUGCCUUCUCUUGAUGAAAAUGGAAAACCAAUAAGUUCACGUCGAAAAUCACUUGAUAACACCCUCGAAGGUAUUCUACGGAGACAAACUGCCCCAAAUAACUCUAUUCGUAACAAUAAAUGUCAAUCUGUUAUUGUUCAAUCUCAUUCAAGUUUGUCUUCAAAUGAAGAUCAACCGAAAUCUCCUAGAACAAGUCCAUAUUUUAAGCAAAUUAUUAAUAAGUCUUCUGAAAAUCAAAAAGAAAAUAAAUUAAAUCGUUCAUUUGAACUGGAUGAUAUUUCUGAGGUUGAUUCUAAAAAGGAUAUAAAAAAGGCAGAUAUUGAAGGUCCGUUGUUUCGUCGAAAAUUAGUUGAAGGAAAAAAGUCUAUCAAAAAAUCAAUGUGGCAGCCUGUCUACUGUUGUAAAUAUGGAUCAAGUCUUGUGUUCUACAAAGAUCAAAAAAGUUCAUCUAAAGUGGGUUUUGCAACUGGAAAGCCUGAUUCCAGCUUAGAUUUACAUGGUGCCAUUCUUGAUCAUGUUGCAAAAGAUAAAGCAAAAGGGAAAAAAAAUGUCUUUCAGAUAACAUCAUAUGGAUAUCAAACUGUGCAGCAAUUUGUAGCUGACAAUGAAAUUGAAAUGGCACAAUGGAUCACUUCUAUACAAACUACAAUCAAACAUCUUGAAGAAGAAGAACCUCUUCCACCAAUAUCGAUGGAAGAAGUUGAUGGGGGAGCACAUAAAGUUAAAGGAAAACCUUCUCCUCCAAAUUCAGCAUUAGUUUUAGUCUCCCCAGAAGACACUUGUGCCCAACCUACUACAGUUGCAAUGCCUAAGAAUUUAAAUAAUGAGAAAAGUGGAUUAAAAGUUUUUCAAAGACGCACGUCAAAAAAAGUACCAUCCUCUUCAUCAAAUACUGAUACCAAUGACAAAGAGAAAACAAAGAUUAAAAAAAAACUUCGCAAAUACAUCACAGCUAGACCAACAUUCGAUGACUUAGAAACACAGGGUAUUAUAAAAGAUUAUUAUUUUGGUUGUCCUAUCGCAAAGAUUUGUGAGAGAGAAGACACGCUUGUACCAAAACUUGUUGUACAACUUAUUAAUGAAGUUGAAAAGCGAGGACUUGAUGUGGAUGGCAUUUACAGAGUAUCUGGAAAUCUUUCAAUGAUUCAAAAGUUAAGAGUGAUGGUUGAUCAUGGUGAAGCAAUCGAUUACCAGCAACAUCAAUGGAAUGAUAUCCAUCUACUUACAGGUGCUCUUAAACUAUACUUUCGAGAACUGCCAGAACCAUUAAUUCCGUUUAAUAUGUUUGAAAAGUUCAUCACUGUUACUAAAAGUCCUUUCAAAGGUGAAAAAACAUCGAUGAUCAAAAAACUAAUCUUAGAAAUGCCAAAAGAAAACGCUGAAACACUUCAUCUAUUAAUUAUUCAUUUAAAAAAGGUUAUGAAGCAUAGUGCUACAAAUCGAAUGCAAUCUCAAAAUUUAAGCAUCAUAUUUGGACCAACUCUUUUAUGGCCUGAGCAUGAAGGCUUGGAUAUGACGACGACUACAGUGUAUCAAAGUCUGAUAAUUGAAUUACUUCUUCUCGAUUGUGACAAUAUAUUUAGUGUUUUAUAGAAUAAAAUAUUUAAUUAAUGUC